AUGUUUCGAAAGAAGAAGAAUGCUGCGAGUGCAAAUGCAAGUGCAGACACAUCCUCAACCUCUUUGAAGGAUGGAGUUGCGACAUCCUCUUUGGAUCAUCAUCAACGACAACAACAACAACAACAACAACAGAUGACUGACAAUGGUCGUCCUCCGCAACAACCCAAAUACUCCAAACGGAAACCAGCAGUUGACGUCCGACAACGGGGUCCUCGGAAAGAUCAAAAGGAAUGGAAACAACAACAAGUGAAGCAAAAGCAAAAGCAACAAGGUCGACCACUACGACGGAACAUUCCAAUGAGCGAAGUGGCAAAGCACAAUAAAAAGCAGGAUGGAUGGAUUGUUCUCAAAGGAAAUGUCUACAACAUUAGUCCCUAUCUGUCCUAUCAUCCUGGAGGGGCUAGUAUUUUCAAGCAAGUCUUGGGAAAAGAUGCCACCCCGCUGUUCAACAAGUAUCAUCGCUGGUUGAAUGAGAGCGGAUUCAUACGUCAGCUGCUACUCGGGACUAUAGCACCCAAUACGUUGCCAACCUUGGCAAUGGAAGAAGACGAAGAAGAACAGGAGGACAAGGACGAACAAGAUGACGAUGGUGGCAUGAAAAUUGCAAUGCCUUGGGGUCUGAGUGGAACGCAAAAUUUGUAA